GAUAGCAUAUAAAGGGCGACAGCAGGCCUUGAAGUUCACAACAGCAGUAGCAGCAUUGAGAGGAGCAGGCUUGCAGCAACUGGCCCAAACCUUCAAGUCCAGAUCUACCUGUGACAAGCUUCUGGGUGACCAGUGACCAGUUCUUGCCCCAGGAUGGGGACCAUAUCCAGAGCAGCCUUGAUCUUGGCCUCUUUGGCCCUUGCUUCUGUUGCCUCUGCAGGAGCCUCCAAGCCUUCAGAGCAGAGAGAGAUGAAGCCAGAGAACCUCUUCCUGCACCUUCAUGAAGUGGGCUAUGCAGCACCCCCUUCCCCACCACAAACACGGGGACUCCGAGUGGAUGACCACUUUGAAACUUCUCUUCAUGACUCUCUCUUUGAGGGACAAAGGGAAGUGGAGCCCCCUGCGUCUCCGGAAGUGCCCUUUGUCCAGGAAGAAGAGUGGCCGGCUUCCCCCAAGUCUGUAAAAAGUGAAGUGGGUCCUCCUACCCCUCAAGAAGCCAUCCCCCUGCAGGAAAAACAGCCCCCUCCCCAAGUCUCGAUUGAACAGAAGGAAAUAGACCCAUAUGCCCAACAGCAGGAAGAGUUCAUCCAUACCGGGCAGAAAGAGGAGAAGCCAGCCCCUUCCGUGGUCCAGGGUUCUCCAGGACCUCGAUCUUGGAAUCCAGCCCAGCACUGCCAACAGGGUCGGAGAGGUGGCUGGGGCUACCGGCUGGAUGGCUUCCCUCCUGGACGGCCUUCUCCAGACAAUCUGAACCAAAUCUGCCUUUCUGAGCGUCAACACGUGGUGUAUGGUCCCUGGAACCUGCCACAGACUGGCUACUCCCACCUUAGUCGCCAAGGAGAGGCCCUCAAUUUGCUGGAGACUGGAUAUUCCCGCUGCUGUCGCUGCCGCAGCCACACUAACCGCCUAGAUUGUGCAAAGCUUGUGUGGGAGGACACAAUGACCAGAUUCUGUGAGGCCGAGUUCUCUGUCAAGACCCGACCCCACCGGUGCUGCAAACAGCGGGGGGAGGAGCGAUUCUCUUGCUUCCAGGAGGAGGCUCCUCAACCACACUACCUGCGCCAGCCCUGCCCCACCCACCAGACUGGCAUGUCCUCGGGGCCCCAACUGCCUUUCCCCCCGGGGUUGCCCACUCUGGACAAUGUCAAAAACAUCUGUCUCCUGAGACGCUUCCGCUCUGUGCCACGAAACCUCCCAGCUACUGACCCCAUCCAGAGGCAGCUGCAGGCUCUGACCCGGCUGGAGAUGGCGUUCCAGCGCUGCUGCCGCCAGAGCCACAACCACACCUGCCUGCGGAAUGCUUGGGAAGAUACCCUGGAUGAAUACUGUGAUCGGGAGCUGGCUAUAAAGACCCACCCCCACUCAUGUUGCCACUACCCUCCUAGCCCAGCCCGUGAUGAGUGCUUCUCCCGCCGGGCUCCCUAUCCCAACUAUGACCGGGAUAUCUUGACUCUUGACCUCAGCCGAGUCACCCCUAAUCUCAUGGGCCAUCUCUGUGGAAAUAGAAGAGUUCUCACCAAGCAUAAACAGAUCCCUGGACUGAUCCAGAACAUGACUGCCCGCUGCUGUGUUCUGCCCUUCCCAGAACAGGCCUGCUGUGGCGAAGAAGAGAAACUAGCUUUCAUAGAGGAUCUCUGUGGUCCCCGAAAGAACUCCUGGAAAGAUCCUGCCCUCUGCUGUAACCUGUCUCCUGGGGACGAACAAGCCAACUGCUUCAAUACCAACUACCUGAGAAAUGUGGCUUUAGUGUCUGGAGACACUGGGGAUGCCACUGGCCAGAGGGAGCAGGACCCAACUGGAGAAACAAAUGUCAACCCCGCCCCUGGGUCCAAGGAAGAAAAAUGAGUCACCCUGAGCCUCGGAGGAUUAGAUGGAGGAACCCCACCCUACUCCACCCUCCUUGAACACUCAUUACAAUAAAUGCCUCUUGGAUUUGGCAUCCUCAUUGUCCUUAACGCACAAACACGCCCUCCUAAACUCCCAAAGCCUAGCCCAGUGCCUUGUCUCCACUCUGAACAGGAGGUGUUCCUCAGGCGGUCGGACCAUAGCUAAAAGGCUUGCCUUCACUCGUCAUCAUGACCUUAAUCAAGUAUUUUAAAAGAAUACCACCCCAGUAACAUGCUGUUGGGAUUCAAAGUGAAAAAGAUGGAGUCCAUGUUUUUGAUGAGCCACAGCCCAACUGGCAUUUUAAUUUUGCUGUGCUCAGGAUGGAGUCGGCCUCUUGACAACCAAACAUGUUCUUCCACAGAGCUAUGUCCCCAUGUCCCCAGCUCAGGUUGUGUGGUCUCUCUGCACGUGUGCAUGUAGGCGUGCAGACAUAUGGUGGGGAGGCCAGAUGUCCUAAUCUGCCGUCUGUCUAUGCUCGUCACCUUGUUGAGGCAGGGUCUCUCACUGAAUCUGGAAUUCAUUCAGUGGCUUCCGAGCUGACCCAGCUGAGCUCUGAGGCUCCUCAAGGGUCCACCUGCCCACUGACUCACAGGCCCACACCAGCACCUCUGGCUUUCAUUUAGGGCUAGAGAUCCCAUCUCAGUGGCAAGCACUUACCUACCAUCUCCCAGCCCCAAUCUGGCAUUUUAAAUCACUUUCAACCCUUAAGAGUUCCCACUUUGGCUCAUUAUCAAUUUGCUGAACCACCAUUUAUGAUCAUGUAAGACUUGGAAAAUACACAUUUUAAAAACACA